AUGGCCAGCGGAGACACAAUUGCCAGGCCUCGACCUGUCUCACUGCUGAACAGAAAAGUAUAUCUAGGAUUGUAUGAUAGUCGAUCCUGGCCAGAACCGGACUCACGAGAUGAACAGAGAGUACGCGACUAUAUGGUGCAGAAAUAUGAGAACAAACGCUGGUACGUAGCACCCACAGACGCCAUGCGGGAGGAGGCCAAACGGGCCAAUGAGGCAGCCCUGAACAGCAAACCACAGGUCAAGCCCUUGCGAUCACUUCUAGGAGAAAAUGCACCCAAAUUAGUCGGACCCAGUCAGAUCCAGUCUGCAAGCCAUGUCCCUACACAGGUAUCAGUACCACUCCCAGGUGGGUUCAAAUCCUCCCCUGUCACAGCCUCACAGGUGCCGACCCCAGCCACUGCUGCAUCCACAAAGCAGCCCUCUGCGUUUGACCUCCUCAGUGAUCUAGGAGGUGAUCCGUUUGCAUCAAGUGCUCCUGCCAGUAGCAACAAUGGAGAUG